AUGUGUUUAUUACUUGAAACGAGAACACAUCGGAAAACAAACAACCAGUUUUGGGAAUAUGUUUGUAACGAACAUGGAAUUGAUUCAAUGGGAAUGUAUCAUGGCGAUAGUGAUUUACAAGUUGAACGAAUAAAUGUCUAUUUUACUGAAGCUACACAGGGAAAAUAUGUGCCGCGAUCGGUUUUUACAGAUUUAGAUGAAUAUUCUGUGAAUAAGAUUCGAAAUUCCAUGUAUGGACAGUUGUUUCGACCAGAUUUGGUAGUGAAUGGCAAAAUGAGUGCCAGUAAUAACUUUGCUAAAGGAUUUUUCACUGAAGGAGCUGAAAUUCUACCAGAAUUACUUGAAAAAAUUCGUCAUCUAGCUGAAGAAUGUGACUUGAUUCACGGUUUUCAAUUUCUUCAUAGUAUAAGUGGUGGAUGUGGUGGAGGAUUAGGUUCGUUAUUACUCGAUCAUGUUCGACAGGAAUAUCCUGAUCGAACGAUUAAAUCUUAUUCAAUUUUCCCUGCAUUGUCCGUGUCUCAAGUUGUCGUUGAGCCAUACAAUGCCGUACUAACGAUGAAUCAUUUGAUUGAAAACACCGAUGAAACGUUUUGUUUCGACAAUGUCGCUCUCUUCGAAAUUCUUCGUAGAACUCUCCGAUUCCCAUCAGCAAAUUAUACAGAUAUCAAUCAAAUUCUAGCUCAAGUUAUGAUCGGUGUUACUGCUUGCUUUCGAUUUCCCGGACAACUAAACAUGGAUUUACGUAAAUUAGCUGUGAAUAUGAUUCCGUUUCCUGCACUUCAUUUUCUAAUGACAUCGUUGUCACCAAUCCAAACGAAUUCCUAUCAAAAUCUAACUGAGCAAUCUCUUGUAAAACAGAUGUUCGAUAAAAAUCAUCGAAUAUCAACCAUUCAGCCGCAUGAUGGCAAAUAUUUAACAGCAACAGGCGUCUUUCGAGGACAAUCGUUAUCAAUGAGACUCCUUCAUGACCUACUCGCGACAGAAAAGGCGAAUCACCGUUUUAUACAAUGGAUUCCGAAUAAUUGUAAAAUCGCUCAUUGUGAUAUUCCGCCAAAAGGUCUACCAUGUUCCGUGACUGGAAUAGCGAAUCAUACAGGAAUAGUGCAACAAUUUGAUUAUUUGUUGCAACCGUUCAAGAAACUAUUUCAACGUCGAGCAUUUAUUCAUUGGUUCAUUGACGAAGGAAUGGAGGAGAUCGAAAUAAGCGAAGCCGAUAAUCGAAUCGAAAAUUUGACUAAACAAUACAAAUCAAUCGACAAUCAAUAA